AUACUGCUAAUAGCUUUUCUUUCUGUCUCUCUCUAUAUUUGUCUGCUUUGUUUUUUCACUAAAGUAACAACAAUGUGAGCUUUUUGUCUACCUUGUAUUAAAUUGUUCAAGUUGUAAUCUUGGAUACUAACUUCCAAGAACUAUGACAAGGAAUUGGGUCAUUUUAUUUCUCAUAUUCUUUCUUCUACUGCUUGAAUUUUCAUCAGCCUCAGUAACUCCUGCUGCAAAGAUCGUUGGCGGGGUUGUUGCUAAUGUUGCGUCUGUGUUAUUUAAGUGGGCGUGGUCACUAAAAUCAACGACAAAAACAGCUGUUUCUAGUCGUUCAAUGAUUAAGUUUGUAAGUGGAUACGUUGUUGAAACUGUGUUUGAUGGAAGCAAGCUGGGAAUUGAACCUUAUUCAGUGGAAGUUUCUUCAACUGGAGAAGUUCUCAUUUUGGAUUCUGAGAAUAGUAAUGUUUACAGGGUUUCAACACCAUUGUCUCGAUAUAGCCGUCCAAAAUUGGUUGCUGGAUCUCCUGAAGGGUACUCGGGACAUGUGGAUGGGAGGCUACGAGAAGCAAGGAUGGACCAUCCUAAAGGACUUGCCAUGGAUGAUCAAGGAAAUAUAUAUGUUGCGGAUACCAUGAAUAUGGCAAUCAGAAAAAUCACUGAUGCUGGAGUUGUAACCAUUGCUGGAGGGAAGUCAGCCCGAGGUGGAGGUCAUCUUGAUGGGCCAAGUGAAGAUGCUCAAUUUUCCGAUGACUUUGAUGUGAUUUUCGUUGGUAGCAGCUGCUCGCUAUUAGUUAUAGACAGAGGAAACCAGGCAAUUAGAGAGAUACAGCUCAAUGAUGAUGACUGUUCACACCAGUAUGACGACAACAAUCUCCAACUUGGUGUGGCACUGCUUUUUGCUGCUGUAUUUUUCGGUUACAUGCUGGCCUUGUUACAACGUAGAAUUGGAGCCCUUUUGUCGUCGAACAGUAACGAUCAGCAGGCUCAUCCUGUCAGAGGCAUGCAACAUGCACCAUAUCAGAGAAAUAUGAAGUCAGUGAGGCCUCCCUUGAUUCCGCCAGAAGAUCAAUACGAAAAACAGGAUGAAAACCUGUUUCUAUCACUAGGACGGCUUGUUAUGAAUACAGGUUCGACUGUGGUUGAAAUAUUUGGAGGAAUGUUCUCAGGUUUUAGAAAGAAUCCUUACCCCCAUCAUGUCCAGCAGCAUUACCAUUACAAUCACAAACAAUCGAGUGCAUGGCCAAUGCAAGAAAGCUAUGUGAUUCGAGAUGAAGACGAGGCCCCACCCCUAGACACCAGAGACCCUACACCCCGAAAAACCUAUCCAAUCAUGAACAAAGACCCGGAGAAACCACGACAUAUCAGACAAAAUCAAUCGCAUUAUGUAGGGUGGAAUGGCAAUGCACAUGGGCAUGGCAAGUUUCAGCAACAACAACAUCAACAUGAACAACAGUAUCUACCACAAGUCUAUCAGCAUCACGACAAGCACCAGUCAUCAAGUCCUCAGACAUAUUACGAGCAAAGCUGUGAAACAAACGAGAUUGUGUUUGGAGCAGUUCAAGAACAGGAUGGACGAUGUGAAACAAUGGUGAUAAAAGCCGUUGAUUAUGGGGAUCCUGCUUAUAACAAAUACAACGUUCGAUCCAGGUACAACUACAGCAUGGGUUACUCGUUUUGAGUAAAAUUACAAAAUGUUAAUGGAAAUAGCUAGACCAUUGAGGAAACAUCAACUUGGACUCUAUCUGGAUUUCAUUUCUUGUAUCGUUCACAGGAAAAUGGAUAUGAUCAUAGAAAGUAACACAAACAAAGUAUAUGAAUUCUGGAUUUCUUUUGUAAUCCAUAACUUACAGUAUAUCUUUUUUGAGAAGUUCCUUGGGAA